AUGGUCUCAAGCAUGGCUCUCUCUACCAGCCCGCACGUUUGUACGCUGUUGUGGCCCUUUCUGGAGGAGCAGGAGGGGGCUGUGCGGGGGGACAGUUGGUUGAUCGGGUGGAACCCUCGUGGUCUUGUGAUUGUGGUCGUCACAAUUGUGGAGAGCGAUGAGUUUAACGAUGCCCUGCAUAUUCUUGGCCAGAUUUGCAGACAGGGGGGAAACGAAAAUGUGGAGGUUCGAAGGUUGCAGCACAAAGAUGCUUUUAGCGCGACCACAUUAUCAGUACUUGGUCGGGUGCGUGGCUCACGCCCACCUUUGCAUACCUUGGGCAAUGCGGCCAGGGAUUCGUCGGAGACUUGGGUGCGCUGCCAGCGGCAGCGUAGCGACAUCUGGAUUGAGCUAGACAAGGGGCCAGUGCUCGACCGGGUGUGGUGCUGUGGGUAUAGUGUGCAGCCAUGCCAUCUGCACGUUAUACGAACUAGUUUAUGGGAUAAAUAUGCCACAUCACCGACGGUGUUUAGUGUCAACGCACGGUUUGGUUGCAACGGUAUUAUGGAGCUCCUGCAAGGCCUAGAACCUCUCUGUAUUCCGGGCGUGCACUCUACCCUGGAGGGCGUGCUACUACCACCACACAUGGUGCCCUUGGCAGGCCCUAGUGUAGGUAAGCCGGUGGAAGCGAACAUCGACAGGUCGGGCAGCUUGCCUAGGCGCGUUGUUGAGGACUUUGGUGACAGCAACACCUCCAUGGAUGAUGUUCUAAACAGUGGCAACGGCCUCCCAUGGAAGGAGGAAGAUAGACGGGAGCAGCAAGCUCCUGCGUUGGAGCUGGAGAAUGUUGAACCGGUACCCGAAACGCCAGUAAAAUUAUUACCACCACGGCUUGACUUCCCCACCACUUCUGACUCUGCAGAGGUGAGUCGUCUCUUGCACUCCAACAACCGUGGUCGUGUGUUGCGGAAAUACCUCGAAUGCUGCGGAAGAAACGUUAAAGGCGGCAGUGGGAAUGAGAGGGCUAAGAAGGAUGAUAAGGCUCCGCACAGCAGCAAUGAAAGGCAGAUGGAUAAUAAAAUGGUAUUGGAGGAGCAGAGCUUCUGGGAGCGACGUCUUUACGCGUCUAUUAGUGUGUUGAUAUCAACACUGAUGUUUUUUGUUUCUGGCCUUACAGUUUUAGGAAAAAUUUCCUUUACCGCUGCCUUGAUGGAGUUUCGUCUCCGCGAAUUUAUCCACUGGAUUUCCCUGCUACAAGGCCGCACGCGCAUCUGUGGUCUUCAUCCAGUGAUGCCACACGUGAUACACGAGGAUCCUGCCUUUAAACGCUUUUGCGCCGUCAAUUUUCUUAUUCGUUUACUUGUUGAUGGAAUUUUGGGAACCUUGGGGAGUCUGUUGUUGGCUCUUGGGGGAGCAGCUCUAAUCGCCAAGUCUGGGAACUUCUGUAGGAUCUUUUUGUACGAUGUGCACAUGGGAUAUAUGGAGUGGUUUGAGGGAUGGCCUGCAGGACUAAAAAUGAAUGAGGAUUUUAAUAUGACGCUGUGCUUUUUUUCCAAGUUGGUGCUGAAGACAAGUUGGGAUCUUGUGGUAAACUUUAACUGGGUGGAGCUUGUCUACAAAGUGCUUGUGUAUAUUGCUCCCUUCGGCGCUAGCUGUGCGUUUGCCCUCAUCGCCGACGUCAGCGUGCUGGUUUCACUGCAUAUACAGCUCCUAUUCUACGCCAUCUCUGUCCCGUACCACGUCAUGCGGUUGACGAUGAGUAGUCUAUUCCUGCAGCUGCGUGGGAAAAAGUACAACCCGCUUCGGCGCCGCACAGACACAUAUGACUUUGAGGUGGACCAAAUGCUUAUGGGGACGCUCUUGUUCACGGUGACGGUGUUUCUCUUUCCAACCCUGGCAGUAUAUUACCUCUACUUUGUAUUGGCUCGCAGCUUCAUCUGGGUUGUGCAAGAGGGACUUGUGUCGGCGGCACUUGUCACGUUGUAUCUCCCGGUGUAUCCUGUGAUUUAUUGGGUGAUGAACCGACGGCGGUGGCCAGGCGGUUGCGUUCUCAUGAAACCCAAAGUUACACGUGUACUGCACCAGACAAAUGCAGCUGGCUCUACCCCGUGCACGUCGGUAACAGUGGAGACCACUGCAGUUUCAAAACCGCUAGGCCUUGACGGUUUCUUGGUCGACUUUCUGGUGGUGCUUAAGACUUUCACGAAGCUGCGCCCUUUUCGCAUUUUUGCUGUCAUUUACCAGGCAGAAGUUUGGAGAAACACCAACCCAGUGGAACGCCUCAUUCCACAUCUCCGCGUCGACUGCAUGCAUUCUGGCAGUUAUGUGCCGCCGACUUCCGCGGCGAUGACAGGGGCAACUGCUCCUCCAGCGAACACCACUCCUUCCACUGCUUCCGCCCCUGCGUUUACUACUUUUUCCGUUGCGUCGGCUGUGGAGAGGAGGGCGUCGCUCACCGCAGCCACCCAAUCACCAAGCACUUAA